AUGCCGAAGGUCGAGCCCAGCAGCGAUAUGGCGCGCGCCGAGCGCCCGCGCAGCAGUGUGGAGCUCCUCCGCACCUCAGCGUCUCUGCGGCAGCUCGUUGGCAAGCGUGCGUGCCUGGAAAAGCGGUACCCGAUCCUAAAGGCUCAGCGACUGGAAAAGGCCCGAGCCUACAAGCGCGAGCACGAUAAGCUGUACCACCGCGCUCGCCGUGACGCGCUUAACGAGCUUGACCUGCGUAUCAUCACUACGGCCGCAGGUGACGUGACCACGACUGUUGUUGAGUCGCUCGUCCUGUCUGUGCCUGGGGACAUUGAGUUAGGGGGUUCAACAACAGCUCAGAGCUCACCUCCCCGCUCUGCUCGACGACGUCGUGUUUUCUCGGCACCAGCUCCCCCAACGGUGAUCGACAUUACGGGGGAGGAGGACCAAGACGAGGACCUAUCAACUUGCGCCAUUUGCUAG